AUUCGUUUACGAGCAAACACAAUUAUUAAUAUAUUUUAAUGAUAUCAAUAAAACACAGAUUAUUUCGCCUAUAUCACGUAGAAAGGAUCGUAAAUUAAUUCAAACAUUAAAACACUAAGUCACAUAAUGUAUGACUUUUAAAAAUACAAAUCUAGUAGGCGUCUAAACAAUUGAUGUUCAAUAGUCAGGAAGACCAAAAAUAUUAAAAAUGCGUGUUAUAUUAAUAUUAAUAAUGGUUAUUAUGUCCGCGUUAGCAGCGAACAAGCAUAAAAACUCUUUGACUGAAUCUAUGGGACAGGAAGUCAUUGAAAUUGGAGCUCCGCUAAAAGAACUACCACCGGAUAUCGAAGAAGAACCAUCGGCUGAGAACGACGACGACAAUUCUACAUCUACCACCAUCAACGUGGCCACUCAGAAAGAUAUCACCAUGAUGACAAUUGGAAAAAUUGAUCAAGAAAAAAGUGCCAGAAAGUCCGGUAUAGAAAAAGACGAAGAUGAAGCUAGAAUAGAGAAGGAACUGGCCGACCUUUACAAGGAUUCCUUGGACUACAAGGCCGAUAGCGCUGAGAUAGUAAAGGAAACUCGCAAGCCUAAUGAUACUACCGAGUCUACCGAGAAACCUAUAUUGAGAGCACGGAACAACUUCAAAUUCCAACCGGAUUCGAAUGAUCCAAGAGAAGUUGCUAUGUUCCGCACCUCGAUCGAUGAAAUAACCUGCAGGAAGAACAAACUUUCUGGUGUGACCACAAUACCAACUUCAAGAGGAACCGUUUUUUCUAAAAUAGGGUUAUAUACAAUAAUUUCUCUUCAAUAUAUACAUAUGUAAAAUUACAUUUGUUUCGAAAUUAAUAAAUAAAAAGCUACAA